AUGGCUGUCGAUAUCGCUGAUGACCGUCUUGGUCUACGUCUACCAAACCCUCCACCACUGCUACACACGCGUUCGGGCAAUGAAACUUUUGAUCGUCCCUCCACUCCGGGCCAUGGAUUCACCAGUCCCCCACAGACCCCCCACGGAAGUCCCAGCAAGUCGCGGGCACCACCGGGCGCGUUGGAUCUCCCCAAUGUCUUCGACAAUGCUAUGAAACUCACUCCCACAUCUCCUUCCAAAUCCACCCAUAAUCACUUCAAUCAUCCCAUGUUCACGGCCGACAGGAGCAACAUCGAGGAUUUUAAUGAGAGUGUUAUCCAUCAGCGCCCAACCAGCCCAACACGCAAGGCCAACAAGGAAAACACACCUCCCACCACCCGCACCCCAAAGGACUUGGGCUCAAAGCCGACUGCAGCAGCCAUCUCUCGACAUGAGCCAUACCAGCCUCGCGAUGCAGAUACUUCUAAGCGACAGGUCCAGCUGCGCGGCCUGACCCCCGAGGAAAUGGAGAAGCUGCAACAGCCCCGGGUUAAGCGCCUCACAAAUGUCACCCAACUUUAUUUCCUUGACCAUUACUUCGAUCUCCUGAGUUACGUCCACAAUCGUCAAACCCGCCACUCACAAUUCAAAGCCGCAUACCCCGAUCCCCCGGGGACACCAAAUGAAGAAUAUGAGCCCGCACUCUUGAAAUACCUUGGUCGCGAACGGGCACACCUGCGCAAGCGUCGCACACGUCUGCGCCAGCAUGACUUCCAGAUCCUGACGCAGGUCGGCCAGGGUGGAUAUGGACAGGUGUACCUCGCCCAGAAGAAAGAUACCCGGGAGGUCUGCGCGUUGAAAGUGAUGAGCAAGCGACUUCUCUUCAAGCUGGACGAGAUCCGACACAUUCUUACCGAGCGCGACAUUCUCACCGCGGCCAAGAGCGAGUGGCUUGUCAGGUUGUUGUAUGCAUUCCAGGAUGAUAACCAGAUUUAUUUGGCGAUGGAGUAUGUCCCCGGUGGAGAUUUCCGUACCCUCUUGAAUAACACCGGUGUUCUGCACAAUCGGCACGCGCGGUUUUACAUUGCCGAGAUGUUCAGCUGCGUUGACGCGUUGCAUAUUCUGGGCUAUAUUCAUCGUGAUCUCAAGCCGGAGAACUUCCUUAUUGAUUCAACGGGCCAUGUCAAACUUACUGACUUUGGUCUGGCGGCUGGCAUGUUGAAUCCUGGGAAGAUCGAGUCGAUGCGGGUCAAGCUGGAGGAAGUGGGUAAUACCCCGGUUCCGUUUGGUCGACCCAUGGAACAGCGUACGAUGGCCGAGCGACGACAGGGCUACCGAACUCUCCGCGAGCGGGAAGUCAACUACGCCAAAUCUAUUGUCGGGUCACCUGAUUACAUGGCUCCGGAAGUCUUGAAGGGCGAACAAUACGAUUUCACCGUCGAUUACUGGAGUCUAGGGUGCAUGCUCUUUGAAGCACUGGCGGGUUACCCGCCUUUCGCUGGUGCAUCAGUCGACGAGACAUGGCAGAAUCUGAAGCGUUGGCAAAAGGUACUCCGCAAGCCCGUCUACGAAGAUCCGAACUACUUCCUUUCCCGACGCACGUGGGAUCUGAUCACGAAACUCGUCGCGGCAAAGGAGCAACGAUUUAAGAAUAUUCAAGAGAUUCACGCCCAUGAUUAUUUCGCCGAAGUCGAUUUCAAUAACUUGCGAGAUCAACGUGCUCCUUUCGUCCCGGAACUGGAUUCAGAGACCGACGCCGGAUACUUUGAUGAUUUCAGCAACGAGUCCGAUAUGGCCAAGUACAAGGAGGUACACGAUAAACAGCGUGCUCUGGAGGAUAUGGCCGACCGCGAAGAUAAAAUGGGCAAGGGAUUGUUUGUUGGAUUUACAUUCCGUCAUCGCAAACCUGCAGUCGAUAGUGCAGGCCGUAGUUCUCCCCGCAAGCCUAUUGCAACAGACGGAAGCUUCGGAACGAUGUUUUAA